UACCGGGCUUUGGCCUCUUUUAUUUUCUUUUUACAGUCAACUCCACGUGUAAAAGACUUCAUAAAGCAUGGUGGUUCUGGCUGUACCCCGGGUGAGCUGCGGAGGAAAGGGCUGGCUAUUCUGGACAGACUUCACUGGGACCUCCACACGGGAAUAUUGCUGGGCUUCUUGGUUAUAAUAAAGGGGGGGGGGCUCUGUCCUAACAUUAAAAAGCAUGGUCUCCAGUUCCACGCCCUGACGGUCCUGAGCUGGCCCCAUGUGGCGGCACGGCUGCCUCAGAGGAAUCCUUCCCUCCACGUCGCAUCCCUGACCAGGCAGCUGCAGCACUGUAUGGCAGGCCACCAGCUGCUGCAGUUCAAGGGUUCCACAUUGGCUUUGGUCAUCAUCACCUUAGAGUUGGAGAGGCUCAUGCCCGACUGCUGUGCUCCUAGAUCUGAUCUGCUAAAGAAAGCACAGGUAGACAUCAACUUGGCCCUUCCAGCUGACGUGGCGUUCUAGGCUGAAAGGGGUACCCGUGGCCCUUCUUGUUCCUUCGGGGGCCCCAGGAACAGCUAUAGCAUGAGUCUGACUGCAAGCCAUGCUUUCUGCGUGGGCUCGUGCCCUGUGUUCCCCGGAUGGCAAACCGUGAACUCACAGGGAAGGGUUUUGGGCAGUGAGGAACGAGAACACAGGCAGUCUGAUGCCCAAGAUCAGGAAUGGGUGGAGGAUUUGGGUGCUUAAUAUUGAGGAUUAUAGCGUCCAGACUUUCCUUCUCUAUGAAUCUGUGGUGACAGGCACAGGGUGGGGGCCACGUCAGCAGCUCUCAGGACAGAUUAGGAUGGAGUGGUAGAUUAACUUUAGUUAUAGUUACUGAGGAUG